CUUCCGCUAGAACCCGCCAGAUUUCAAAUGGUGUAAAUUAAAGGCGGUAUUUUAUGGAAUUCUGUAAUAAUGCCACUGUUAGGAAAGAAACCAUUCGUUUGUUCGAAACCCCUAUCAGAUAUUCAACCAGAUGAGACCAUAUAUAUAAUCCCACACACCAAAGAACAGUUCAAAUCUAAGCAAGAAUAUGAGAAGCGAUUAUCAUGGUAUAAACAACCAAUUUGGACUUGCAGAUGUACAGGCCACGUUAAUCUCACUCACCAAGCAGCAUGGGAAUCAGAAAAAGCUAUCAAGAAAUCGUUGAAAGAUAAUUUCCCCAAAGUUCAUGAAAAGUCUGUACUAGAACUAGUGCACCACAGUACAGCAGUGCUGGACACUUUAGUUGACCAGGGAUGGCUGAAAGUACAACAAGUUUUGUCUAUAAAUGAAAAGGUCUCCUUGAAAGUCAAGGCAGAGGGUAAAACAAUCAGUGGUAAAGUUGUGAAAAUUGACAAGGCUGGAGUUGAGGCAAAUCCAACCAGUAAUUGCAGCUCACCAUCUAGUGACAAAGAGAAUUCUACAACAGAAGUUAACAGAGACAGUUCACCUAAAAAAUGGGUACCUCCUAAAUUAUUACAUUACAAAUACAGUGUAGAGCUGGAAGAUGGAAAAGUUAUCAAUUCUGUCCCAGCAGAUGAUCUUGUACGAGAUGAAAAACCUCCAUUAAAAGAGUGUGUACGUCAUUUUAUUCGAUGUUAUGCUGUUAGGUCUGGACAGAAUCCUACAUGUCCUUGGGUAGUGGAUAGCAAUAAAGUUAAAGAUUACAGUAUUGCCAGUAAAUUUGCAGAUUUCCUUGUUUCUCCUUUGAAGAUGGCAGAGGUAGCGAAGAGAGCCGAAGAGGAAAUGUCAAGGAAACGGAAAUCAUCUUCACAUGGUGGAUCAGCCUCCAAAAAAGCAAAAAUAGACAAAAUAUCGAAAAAAAAUAGUGCUAAAAAAGACAAUAAGAAACAAUUGAAAUUGACUGGAUCACCCCUUAAGAAAAAACCUUCCAGUAAAAAGAUUUCAGGUGCCGUUGUAGUGUCUGAAUCCUCCAGUGAGGAUGAUACACCUUUAUCUCAAAGAAGUUUAUCACCCAAGAAGAAAAAGUCUCCGUCCAAAAAGGUCAAAUCAGACAGAAUUGUUGUUGAUAGUGAUUCAGACGAUGAACCUUCAUCCUCAAAGGAAAAGUCACCCAAGAAAAAGGCUCAGAAAAAAAUUCCAAAUGGAGAUAUUUCAUCAGACAGUGAUGAGGAAUCUGUUCCACUCGCCAAAAUUAAAUCCAAGAGUAUGAAACAGAUGACUUUGUUUGACAUGUCCAAGAAGAAAGGGAUGAAAACACCGGAAAAGAAAAAAUCAACACCAAUCAAGAAAAAGUUUAAAUCUCCACAAAAAGGAAUGAGAACUCCAGAUAAGAAACCCAAAGUUAUGUCACCACCCAAAACCCCAGCGGUUGUUUCUAAGUUGGUGCUUGCCGUCAAAGCAAAAGAUAAAGGAAAAAUAAAAGGUUUACUAGAAACAGCAUGUAAAGUCUUAACGCUCAAACAGAGAGGAAAGUUGCCUGUGUCUGUUAAAGAUAUGGUUGAAAGUAGUAUAGCAAGGAGGGAAGAAAAACGCAAACUGGAUGCUAUGACACCAGAGCAAAGAGAAGAAUACCAGAAGCAAAAGAGACUAGCUCAAAAAAGAAAAAGACAAGAAGAAUUGAAAGAAAAGAAAAAGAAAUUUGAAGAUACAGAAUUAGACCUAGAACCAUUACCAGAGAUGAAACUUGUGACGACACCUGAUGGUUUACCCAAUGAACUGUUUGGUGAUGUUGCUAUGGUUACAGAAUUUAUAAGCUGUUACCAAGGAUUGUUGAUACCAAACAAAGAAUUUCCUGUUUCUGCAGAAAAAUUAAUGCAGUCAAUUGGGAGUGGCAAAGAAGGAUUUUCUUACUUGUCUAAGAUUCUGUCAAUACUAUUACAGACACUGUUACAAGACCAGAUAUCUGAGGAUUAUCAGGAAAUUAAAAUUUCAUUAUCAGACAUUCCUGUAAACUCCUAUACAACGUCGGAACUUGUUCGUCUAUGUCUGCGGAAACAGGAUGUACAGGAGGAUCAUAACAGUGAUAGCGAUGAUGAGGAUAAUAAUGAAGACGAAGUGCCUGAAGAAAUCAUCCAGUUAUUAGAAAGCCAAGAAUUGUAUGAUUUAGAUGGUGAACAGAAAGUGAAGAUUUUGAAAGGCCUUUGUCUACGUAUCAUGGGGACAUAUUCUGUACAGGAUUACAUGGAAGAAAAACAAAACGAAGCAACACAAUUAUGGAAAAAGAAAAUGGCAGAACUGAAGAAGAAAAAUGAUAAACUGAGAAAAGAAAAAGAAUUGAAGAAAGAAAUGGGAGAUAAAUCAAAGCAGGGAGAAGAAAAGCCAGCAGAUGAUAAAGAAAAACCUACCUCUAAAGAUGUAUUACUGACAUCAUUUUACGGGAAAGCCAGUGUCAAUGGUGGAGACAGUUCUAAAGGGACCACACCUGACGUGUCCGCAGAUGAAGGUACUGAUGGUGGCGGUGACCAAAGUGACCUUGCCUCUGUUGUUAAACGACGAAGACUUUUGGCAAACCAGGCUGCAGCAGAGAAAGAAAAGAAGGACCAAGAAAGAAGAGAACAAAAACAGAGAGAAUAUGAAGAAUAUAUGGAACAGAAAGAAAGAAUAGAUUUGGAAAAGGCUUUUACUGAAGGAAUAGGAGCAGCUAAACAUGUUUUAAGAGUUACACCAGUUGGAACUGACAGAAAUCAUAAUAGAUACUGGGUGUUUUCUAAAGCUACUCCUGGGAUUUAUAUCGAGAAAGGUUGGGUAACAGAAGACAUAGAAUACUGUUCUCAAAAGAACAAAAGUUCUGAAUCUGAUGAAGAAUCAUCUGACGAAGACAGAAGUAAAUCACAUGAUGAAGAAAUCACUUUUAAACCUCAGGCAGAUGUCAGUGAAGAAAAAACUGUUCCACAUAAUGGACAGAACUUAUGGUUUACCUAUAAUACUUUGGCUGAAAUUGAUGAACUCUUGAAGAAACUGCAUCCUCAAGGUUAUAGAGAAAGUCAGUUGAUUGAGGAGUUAAAGAAACGAUAUGACCAUCUUUCAAAAGGAUUAAAUGGAUCACAGCAACCAAAGAAAGUGAAGACAGAAGGAGAGGAGGAGGAAGAAGAGGAUUUAGUGAAGGCAUUCAGGAAGGAGUUAUUAGAAACAGAAAUCCGUUUGAAGAAUGGCGGUUUAGGUGGAGUCCCAGACUUUGACUCUUGGGAUGCAAGAUUAGAAACUGCAACAGAAAUAGCUGAUUUUGGUCAGCUCUUGAUAGAAUCACAAGAAAAUAUCUUGGAAAAAUUUAGACAAGGAAUGAUGGCAAAUAAAAAGAGGAGAUCUAAAGUUACUGAGGUCAAAGGUGAAGAGGAAGAGGAGGAGGACCUUGAUGACUCUAAAGAAGAAGAAACUGAAGUUGCAGGAGUAGUUAACUGGAGGGAGGCUGUGAAGAAUUGUCCGACCAUGUCUCGUUUACAUGUACUGAUGGGAAUGUUAGACUCAUGUAUAAAGUGGGAGAAAUCAGCGGAAAAUGUGAAAUGUAAAAUUUGCCGCAAGAAGACAGAUGAAUCUAAGUUAUUGUUGUGUGAUGAAUGUAACCAGCCUUUCCAUAUGUUUUGUUUACGUCCUGCUCUGUUAGAGGUACCAGAAGAAGACUGGUUCUGUGCUGCAUGUGCACCUAAAGACCUGAGAAGGAAAGGGAAGGAAAUGCCUGGAGAUUCUGAGGAUGAAGAGGGCGACAUUAAACAUGAAAAAAAUUGUAUUGAAUGUGGUGGUGAUGAAGGACUAAUAUUCUGUUCUGAAUGUCCAUCAGCAUAUCAUUUAGACUGUCAUCAUCCACCUCUCAGGAGAGAACCAAGAGGCAAUUGGUCAUGUAAUGACUGUAAAGUUGGUAUUAAAAGAUCUUCUAGAUGGCGCUCCCAGAAAAGAAAUGCUCUCAUAAACAAAAGAGCUGCACCUAAAAGAAAAAAUUACAAAGAGUGGUCAACAGAAAAUUCAGAUGAGGAGUCAGAAGAAGAGGCUCCCAAAAGUGGGAGACGUGGCCGUGUUUCAAAACAAAAUAAAGACACCUCCGAUUCAGAAGAAGAAGCUCCAAGUAGAGGCAGACGUGGACGUGCAGCAAGACGGAAACAAGACAGUUCUGACACUGAAGAGGAGGCACCCUCUAGAGGGAGACGUGGACGACCAGCAAGAAGGAAGCAAGAGGACUCUGAAGAAUCGGAAGAAGAAAGUGAUGAGCCUCGUCCUAGUGGAAGGAAAGGCCGUAUUUCUAGAAAACGCAGAGAAGAUUCAGAUGAAUCUGAAGCUGAAACAAAGUCGUCUACACGGAGGUCAGAUAGGGCUAGAAAAACUUAUAAAGAGGACUCUGAAUCUGAUAGUGAAUCAGAGGAAACCUCAUCUCGAAAAAGAAAAAGAGGGAGGCCAUCAAAGGGUAAAACAGAGGACUCUGAUACGGAGGAAGAUCAACCACCAACAAAGGCUGCUAGGAAGCCAAGACAACAAAGCUCAUCAAGGUCAAAGAAAGGGCAUACCUCUGCAAAAAAUAGUCCAGUAAUAGAAGAAAAGAAAGCUACAUCCAGAAGAGCACCAUCUGAUUUAUCUAUAUGUGAACAGAUCGUAGCUAAUUUAAUGAAACACAAGUCCUGUUGGCCAUUCCUAAAUCCAGUAAAUAAAAAGGAGGUGCCAGACUAUUAUGAGAUUAUAAAACACCCACUUGAUUUCCAAAUAGUAAAGGACAGAUUACAGUGCCUUGUCUAUGGCUCUGUAGAGGAAUGUUUAGAAGACGUUAAAGUUGUUUUUAAUAAUUGUGAAACUUAUAAUCCGGAGGGCAGCGAGAUACUAGAAUGUAUGAGGGAGGUAGAGGAAUAUUUCCGUGGACAGGUGGAAAAAUAUUUACCGCAAGUGCUGUACUAUCGGAAAACUCUUACGAAUGGACAUUGAUGAAUUUUAUUUUGUAUUGGAAUCCACCAUUUUUUUUUAAACAGAAACUAUAAAGGUUUAUGUACUAUGGAUAUUUAACAUGUAUGAAGUGUGUAAAGCUGUGAUCCAUGGCAAAAAGACCAGAAGUAGUGUCAGACUGACAAUAAAAUCAUUUGCACAUACGGUCAGUCGAUUUAACAAACCUUGAUUAAUUGACAUUCAAGUUAAAGGACAACUUAGCUUUAAUUUGAGUUGUUUUUACAAUAAACUUUUCACCAAAGUAUAAGCAGUUGUAACUAUUUCUAUCAAACACCUUCAUAAUUGUUCAAAACCUUGUUCAUCAUUGUAUGCUUGGUCAAUGACAUUUUU